AUGUCCUGGUCUGUAACUUCCAAGAUCACCGCCCUUGUGGUGGCCUUGGGUCUCCUCGUCCUUGAAGCCUCAGCUCAGACAAAUUAUUCUCAAUAUGUGAAUCCGUUUAUUGGGGGCUCUGGCCCAUAUCCCGGUGAAGCAUAUGGAGGCGGUGAUAUCUUUGUCGGCGGCGCUCUUCCUUUUGGUGUGGUCAAGCUUGGAGCCGACACAUGGGAGCCUUUUGGGGCAGACUCAGUCAUCAAUGGAGGCUGGACGCCAGAGGGUAAUGUCACAGCUUUCAGCAUGAUGCACGAGAGCGGAACCGGAGGGGCUCCUAAAUACGGCAUAAUAUCUCAAAUGCCACUGACAAGCGUUGCGCCUCCAGUCAACGUGCUGGACAACACCACGUACUGGCAACGCCGUGUGGUGAACGACACAGCUAGUGUCGGAUACUACAGCACCGAACUUCUCAGCGGGGUCAAGGUUGAGCUCUCGGCCGCGAGGCACUCGGGCAUCUUGCAAUAUACCUUUCCUGCGGGUGAGAAGCACGUCCUGGUCGACCUUUCCCAUUACCUACCUUCUGAAAACGGUGGGUACACUAGCCAGGUCUACCUAGGAGCAGUGGUGGAGGCAGGGCAAGACUCUGCCACCGAUAGCAAUACGACCCAGUACAAGGGCCAUGCGACAUAUGGUGCAGGCUGGAACGAGGGGGCACCCUUCGUCGUCUAUUUCUGCGGCGAGUUCGAUACAGAGCCAGCCGAGAUUCAAUACUUCCGCGGGAGAAACACAGAGCCUAUGGUCAGAUACCACACCUUUGACCAGGGAGGAACUCCGCAGGCUGUCUUCUCAGAUGCCACGGAUAGCAAUAGUAGUAGUGUUGGCAUCUCGUCCGAAACUACAGGCGGCCCGUUUGUGCCGGGCGACCGGGUCGGGGUGCUCUUCUCCUGGGCGGACAGCACAGAUGAGAGCACUAUCAUCAGAUCACGAGUCGGAAUCUCCUUCAUGUCGGAGGCGGACGCCUGCCAGCAGAAGGAUGAUGAGAUACCCACUUGGGAUCUCAGCAGCGUCGUCGAGACCGCUGUAGAGGAGUGGAAUGAGGCCGUCUUCAGCAACAUCCAGGUAGCUACGGAUGAUACGGCCAACACGAUUUACCUGACACUGUUGUACUCGUCGCUGUAUUUCAUGCAUCUUAUGCCUUCGAACAGAACAGGUCAGAAUCCGCUUUGGGACUCUGGAGAGCCGUACUGGGAUGACUUUUAUACGCUCUGGGACAUCUUCCGCUGCACGGUCAGCCUCUACCACCUACUGCAGCCAGCCGCAUACGUAGGCAUGGUCCGCAGCCUGAUCGACACCUAUGUCUGGGAAGGAUACAUGCCAGACGGGCGCAGCGGCAACUACAACGGCCUUGUCCAGGGCGGCAGCAACGCAGACAACGUCCUGGCUGACGCCUACGUCAAGGGUCUCGGGCAAAACACAAGCGACCCUUCCAUGUCCAUCAACUGGACAACAGGGUACCAAGCCAUGCUCAAGGACGCCGAGGUGCAACCGCAGAACACAUUCAGCAUCCUCGACCAGCUGGGCAGCGUGAAGGAGGGUCGCGGCUCGCUGUACGACUGGAUCCCGCUCGGCUACGUCUCGUUCGACCGCAGCACGAGGCCUGUCUCCAAGACGGUCGAGUAUUCCCUCAACGACUACGCGCUGAGCGUCGUUGCUGCGGGCGAGGGCUCCGCGGCCGAUGUCGACAAGUAUCGGAAUCGGUCUGCCGGGUGGCAGAAUAUCUGGAACGCAGACGUCGAACAUGCUGGUUUUACUGGGUUCCUGGCGCCCAAGAACUCUUCUGGCGCCUGGGAGUCGCCUGAUACGUACAACCCGGCGCUCUGUGGUGCGUGUGAGUGGAGCGCCAUCAGCUACGAGGCGGUGCCGUUCGAGUAUAGCUUUGUCGUUCCCCACGAUAUGGAGACACUUAUCCAGUUUAUGGGAGGAGAGACCGAGUUCGAGAGGAGACUGGAUUAUAUUUUCAUGCCAAACACGUCAGAACAGAACCUUGAUGAGAAUGGUGCCGGCAUAACAACCAUCAUGAACAUUGGUAACGAGCCAGACUUUGCCACGCCGUACCUAUAUCACUACCUCAACAAGCAGUACAAGUCGGUCAACCAGUCUCGUGCCCUGGCCAAUGAGUACUUCCACGACGCCCAGUACGGUGUUCCAGGCAACAGCGACGCAGGUGCUCUCAACUCGUGGCUCAUCUGGCAGAUGCUGGGCCUCUACCCUAUCGUCACACAGCCCGUCUAUCUGCUUGGCUCGCCCUGGUUCACCGAUAUCAACAUGACCAUCAAUGGCGACAAGAACCUGCGGAUCAUCAGCCACACCACGGGAGAUGGUGCUCUCCUUGGUCAACAGGGCUACUUUGUGCAAAGUGUCAAGAUCAACGGUCAGGACUGGGACAAGAAUUGGUUUACUCAUGAGGAUGUCAUGGUCGACGGCGGGACAAUUGAGUUCUUUGUGGGGGAGAACAUGACAGAGUGGGAGACUGGGGAUGUACCGCCGAGCCCGGCACACAUUAUUCUCGAUGAGACGUCUUGA